UUCUGAAUGCCGGACCUCGGGUCUUGUGUUGCUUCAAAUUGGCGUCUCGGGAAGGAACUUGGAUCUUCGACAAUCCAUUUACUCACUUCGCCCUGCACACACCAUGUCGAGACUCUCCCCAAGCCUGAAAGCAUUGAUCAAUGCCCCGGCUGCACGGCCACAUACCGUGCCGGCGCCUCCUAAUAUCGCCCAUGUCUACCGCACUAUCCAGCAGACCGCCGCGGCCAACAAUGUCUCGCCGCCUUCAUGGCUUGCGCUCUCGACAGCCGCAACAAUGACCAUGAACUCCCCCGAAUCUCUCACAGCCCUCCACCAACUCGCUUCCUCGACCAACCCGACCUCCGCGGUCCAAUCCGCCGAACUCAUGCGCGAAGUCGGCCUCAAAUGCAUCAGUUUCAACGGCAUCCCCCGCACAAUCAACUGCCUCAACGCCUUCCGCGCCAGUCUCCCCGAAGAAAUCACCUCCCAGCUCUCCACAACCCCAACCCGCACUCCUACACCCGAGAACAUCGCCUCCAUCUCCGCGCGCGGCCGCGCCCUCUGGGACUCGAUCUACCGGCCCUUUGAGAACAAGCUCUACUCCAAGCUUGCCGCGUCUCACCCGGAUCUGCCCGUGCACAUCCUGCAUGCGAACUACGGGGCGCUGUUGUCGGACCCCGUGAGGGAGAGCGGUGCGUCGGCCGGGCGGGUGUUGACUUCCAUGGUGGCGGUGGCUUGUUUGCGGGCGCAGACGGGUGUUGGGCCGCAGGUUUUGUCGCAUGUCUUUGGGUUGAGGAAGGCGCUUGAGGAUGGGAGUUGGGCUGAGGAUGUGGAGGGGGAAGAUGGGGCGAGGUGGUUGGCGAGUGAUGAGGGGAAUAUGUGGAUUUUAGAGAGUGUGGAUGCUAUCGUGGAGGCUAUCAGUGGAGGGAGUGGAUCGAAUUUUGCUCCUGGGAGGGCGAAGUUGUAGAGGGAGGUGACGGUAUAGAGAUUCUUGGCUGAUUCAUUGAAGAAGUUGUAUAUAGCAUGAUAUUUUACGCAGUAUAGACACCAAAGGGUAUGAAUGGAUAUGGAAAUACAGCGCAGACAGCAUUGCCCAAUAUAGUAUACUACCAUGUGAGAGGCUGAUAACGGCAUUGGUAGUGCUCAGG